AGCAUUGGGCUGAGUCUAGUAAGAUAAAAUUCAACAGGGAUCAUGUAGGGCCUCGUACUUGCAGACCAAAAACCAACUUCAAGAUGAUAAAAUCAGGAGAAAGAAAGACAACAAUGGCUCUGAAUAAGAUCUGGGGUUAUGGAUGGACCGCAAGUCCAAUACGAAUCAGCAGCAGUCAUUAGUCCUAGGGAGAAGGGUAGGUGUUUAUCAGCUGCGGUGUUCCUAUGAGUCACUGUUGUCCGAAACCAAGAGCAAGAAGGACAGAAGAGGAACGUCCAGCACUUAGACACCUGCUUGCACCAGUAUUCUGAGAAUUGGAGCUGUCCCCCAGCACCUUUGCACUGGAUGGAGUCUCCUCCUCCUCCUCCUCCUCCUCCUCCUCACUGGAGGUCUCCAGGCAGAGGGUAGAUGGCCACCUGUCAGAGGUUGGAGACAGGAUUCUUGCUCAGCCUCCAUCAAUGGAGAAGUUCUUUCCUGAGCCAUUUUCUGCUGUCCUGGAAGCAGCUACCUGUCCACACAUUGCGAACUGAUACGAGGAAGUUCCACACGGCCGCUUCCCGAGCACUGUUCCGCCUGCGCCCAUUCCAUUUCGUGGUGGCCACAGGCGGUGGGUAUGCGGGGUACCGUCAGUACGAGAAGUACAGGGAUCGGCAGCUGGAGAGGCUGGGCCUGGAGGUCCCACCCAGGCUUGCAGGAGAGUGGGAGGUCACCCUGUACAAGUCCGUGCCCACGCGGCUGCUGUCCCGGGCGUGGGGGCGGCUGAACCAGGUGGAGCUGCCCACCUGGCUUCGGAAGCCCGUGUACAGCCUUUACAUCUGGACGUUUGGAGUGAACAUGAAGGAGGCUGCCGUGGAGGACCUUGACCACUACAGGAACCUGAGCGAGUUCUUCAGCCGCAAGCUGAAGCCGCAGGCCCGGCCUGUGUGCGGCCUGCAUAGUGUGAUCAGCCCGUCGGAUGGGAAGAUCCUCAACUUUGGCCAGGUGCAGAAUUGCGAGGUGGAGCAGGUGAAGGGGGUCACCUACUCCCUGGAGUCCUUCCUGGGCCCGCGCGACACCCCUGACGACCUGCCCCUCAGCGGUGGCAGCGGCAAUGGUGGCGGUCAGGCUUCUGCAGCCACAGCUCGCAGCUCCUUCCAGAGCCAGCUGGUCACCAAGGAGGGGAAUGAGCUCUACCACUGUGUCAUCUACCUGGCCCCUGGGGACUACCACUGCUUCCACUCCCCCACGGACUGGAGAGUGGCCCAUAGGCGGCACUUUCCAGGCUCCCUGAUGUCAGUGAAUCCCGGCGUCGCCCGCUGGAUUAAGGAGCUCUUCUGCCACAAUGAGAGGGUGGUCCUAACCGGGGACUGGAAGCACGGCUUCUUCUCCCUCACAGCUGUGGGUGCCACCAACGUGGGCUCCAUCCGCAUCUACUUUGAUCGGGACCUGCACACAAACAGCCCCCGCUACAGCAAGGGCUCCUACAACGAUUUCAGCUUCAUCACGCACAGCAACAAGGAGGGCAUCCCCAUGAGGAAGGGCGAGCACCUCGGAGAGUUCAACCUCGGCUCCACCAUCGUCCUCAUCUUUGAGGCUCCCAAGGACUUCAACUUUCACCUGAAGCCAGGGCAGAAGAUUCGAUUUGGGGAAGCCCUGGGCUCCCUCUAGAGCCAGUCUCCGCCACAAGGGUGAUGCUGCCAAGGAAGCUCCUUCAGAUCCGCGUGAGGGCGAAGGCUUCGGGACGGAAAUGGGAAGCGGCCCCCGAGCCUAGCUGUGGGGAGCAGCAAGGUGCCUUGCUCUGCUUGGGCAGGCGUUGGGGGCACCAAGGACUCUGUCCCAGCGUCCCACUGUGGCCCCCAGCUCCACCAGUCAAGCCUUUGAGAAGGGAGGAGAGAGGGAACCUUGCCUUAUCCCGUACCUUCUGCCCCAAGGUAGUGCGGGCAGGGAGAAGCUGGAGUUGAUUUUUGGAUUCUGCACCAAUUUUAUGAACUGGAAAUACUCUGUCUAUACUGCAUCAGGUUCCAUGGGUGAUGAUUUUCUUUUGAAGGUGGUAAACAUUUUCAUUCUCUUUCCGUUAGUGGGGCCAUUGUGGGAUACAGCUCAGUGUCUUAGCCUCCUCCCAAUAAAGCCUCCCAUGAUUUCCUAGAUCUUUUCAGGCCUUAAUCCCUUUCAGUAUCUAAUCCACUGCCCUGCCCUAUUCCCUUGCAUCCUCUGGGUUCAAGGCAGGCCCUGGAGCCUGCUCUGGGCCCACACCCAGCCGCCCCCUCCCAGGGUGGCCAGGGCUCCAGGAAGGCUUCUUUUUGGUGCAUGGGGUGAAGUGCAUCCAGCAUUGACUGUGGACCAAAAUCUCAGCUUCCUGAGCCUACUCCAGACAUUGGGCUGAUUUCUGGUCUUUGUUUUGAUUUUUAAAUUUUACUUAUUUACUAUGGAGAUGGUGGGGGGAAAGCCAAAUCUUCCUUUGCACUUACUACUGGGAACUUCUCUCCUCUUUCUUGCCAACAUGGGCUGUCUGCUGGGGCUUGUCCGGGAGGCUGCGCAUGGCCUCCAGCGGGCAGAGGCCCUAGGACCAAGAACACUGGAGAGAGGCGCUGUGGCCGAUGGGCCUUCUCGUGGCUCACUUGGUGGGGCCAUUCCUGUACAGCCCAAGGCGGGAGCAUCCCCUCCAUCCCCAUUCUAAUCACCUCUGGUCCUUAGUCCAGACAUGCAAGAAAGUUUCCUCAAAGCCUACGUGCAUCAUAGCGUGUGAGCCCUGCCCAGAGGCGGGCUCUGGGGAGCAGCUGUUUGCUACUUGAAAGGGGGCAGAAGAGGCCCCUCCCCUCCAGCGGGGAGCUGGCACAGUGUGUCCAGCACCACCCAGGCACUGCCCGGGAACCGCACCAGGCCCAGGGAAGUAGCUGCUUUUGAUUUCUGUCAGCUGGCAUUGAAAGAGGCAGGCAGAUGGUUCUGCCCGAGCCAGCUCUUUGGGGUGCAGGGUCAUGGCUAUGGAAACACACAGGGAAAAGGGACUAGGCUUCCUGAUGAUGCUGGUGAUGCUGUGAAUUUCUCCUGCCAGGAGAAGCCAUUGAAUCUUCAACUGUAUCAGUAGCACAGUAUUUUUGUAUGUCAGUGGAAGACUUCGGGAACAGUAAUUCAUUUAAUUGCAAACAUUUUCAAAUAAAAAAAUACAUUGCAACUGC